GGCACAAAUAAAUUGUGCCCUGAGGAAAAACAGACAUUCUGAUCGGGUUGAUUGUCAAGUAUAAACUCUGAUUUGCAGUUAUGUUGGCUACAGUAUUAUCAGUUCUGUGUUUAUAUGGCUUGUUGUAUCAGGCCUUUGUUCCUUGUUUGGUUCCUGAACAGUUGCCUGCCAACACUGUCGACCAUCAGCAGUUUCUGGGGAAAUGGUACUUUAAAGCAGCAGUCAGUCAGAGAGAGGCUGACAUCGAGGGGUUCAAAGAACUGGACAACAUGUGGAUCACCAUGGAGGAGCCGGUCAAUGACACACUGCUGGUGACCGGACAGAUGCGCACAGGAGAUGAUUGCAUAACACAGACCUGGACCUAUCAUAUACUUCCUGGGAGAGAUGAUGUUGUACUGGAAGGAUUGCCGAGGCGAAGGACCCUCCUCUGGAGUGGCAAGUGGGCCAACUGCCCCGAGUGCAUCAUGAUCCAGGAAGUAGAACCACCUCUAAAGGAGACGGACUCAGAAGACUCCCUCAACAGAUACUUGCUCUAUACGCGGCAGAGUGACGUCAAUCAUGAGGUGGUGAAAGCGUUUCUGAAUAACCUGGCUUGUCAUAAUGUGUCUGCAAGUGUCAGACUACCUCAAGCAAAAGAGUUUUGCACCUAAAUAUUAACAAUCAGGAGCCAUGGACAUCUUAAAGGACAAUGCAAAUAUGUUAUCUUUUUACUGUAUAACGGUGAAACAAAUAAAGGAAAAUAAAAACAUU